GGCCCGAAGCCGCGCGGCGAGGUCUUCCAGCGCCACCGGCGCAGCCCAGCGCAGCGUAAAGCCAGGCGAGGAGAGUACCCGCGCGGCCCAGCACCUUCCAGCGUCCUCGGGACCAGGCGCUCGCUGCUGCCCUUUCUCUGGACGCCGAGCAAAACACAGGCACCCCUGCCUGCUGCACACUUCUCAUCUUUCCCGUUGGAUGAGGUCACUUGUACGUCCAGCCUCGGCCUUAGGGCUGCCCAGGUGGAGGAAAGGCAUCAGUAUUCCAGUGAAGGACCUUUUCCAGGGCACUCACAUGACAGUUGCCAAGUCCUGUAGUAGGUCCUGGGUGAGGAAGCCUUGACUCAUGGGACAUAACAGCAUUGCUGGAUGCCUGGUACAUUUAAGAAACCUGACUGCAUAAGAAGCACUCUACAUGGGCAGAGGAUGUUACCUGGAAUCAGAGCACUAAAUGAUCCCGACUUUUCUUGAUUUAAAUGUGCUGCCCUCCAUUUCAAGAUGCCUUUGCAUUUCUGAUAAAUGCAAACUGACAAAUCUCCAGGCCACCACAGAGGGGAAAUCAUUACUGCUUGAAGCCUGGAAGACUGUCCUUAAUAAAUCCAAGUCCCCAAUUGUUGUUGAAAUGCUGAGGAAGUUGCGGAGGAGGAAACUUUUUUCUUAUCCCACUAAAUACUACGUCUUCCUUCUUGUUUUUUCCCUGGUCACCUUCUCUGUUUUAAGAAUUCAUCAAAAGCCUGAAUUUGUAAACGUUGGACAUUUGGAGCUGCUUGAAGAGAAUCCUAGUAGUAAUAUUAAUUGUACCAAAGUUCUACAGGGUGACGUAGAUGAAAUCCAAAAGGUAAAGCUUGAGAUCCUAACAGUGAAAUUUAGAAAUCGCCCUCGAUGGACAAACUAUGACUACAUAAACAUGACCAGUGAUUGUGCUUCUUUCAUCAAGAGGCGCAAAUAUAUUGUUGAACCCCUUAGUAAGGAAGAGGCAGAGUUUCCAAUAGCAUAUUCUGUAGUGGUUCAUCACAAAAUUGAAAUGCUUGACAGGCUCCUGAGGGCCAUUUAUAUGCCUCAGAAUUUCUAUUGCAUUCACGUGGAUACAAAAUCAGAGGAAUCCUUUUUGGCCGCGGUGAUUGGCAUUGCAUCCUGUUUCAGUAAUGUCUUUGUGGCCAGUCAGCUGGAGAGCGUUGUGUAUGCAUCUUGGAGCCGGGUCCAGGCUGACCUCAACUGCAUGCAGGACCUCUACCGAAUGAACGCAGACUGGAAGUACUUGAUAAAUCUCUGCGGUAUGGAUUUUCCUAUUAAAACCAACCUGGAAAUUGUCAGGAAGCUCAAGUCGUUAAUGGGCGAGAAUAACCUAGAAACGGAGAGAAUGCCAUCCAAUAAAAAAGAAAGGUGGAAAAAGCAUUAUGCAGUCGUGAAUGGAAAGUUGACAAACAUGGGGACCGACAAAAUACAUCCUCCUCUUGAAACACCUCUGUUUUCAGGCAGUGCCUAUUUUGUGGUCAGUAGGAGGUAUGUGGAGUAUGUGCUCGAGAAUGAAAAAAUACAAAAGUUUAUGGAGUGGGCAAAAGACACAUACAGCCCGGACGAGUAUCUCUGGGCCACUAUUCAGAGGAUCCCCGAAGUCCCAGGGUCACUGUCCUUAAGCCAUAAGUACGAUAUGUCCGACAUGCAAGCAAUUGCCAGGUUUGUCAAGUGGCAGUACUUUGAAGGUGACAUUUCCAAGGGCGCUCCCUACCCGCCGUGCAGCGGCGUCCACGUGCGCUCCGUGUGCGUUUUCGGAGCGGGUGACUUGAACUGGAUGCUGCGCGUGCACCACUUGUUCGCCAACAAGUUCGACACGGACAUCGACCUCUUUGCCAUCCAGUGUUUGGAUGAGCAUCUGAGGCAUAAGGCCCUGGAGACAUUAAAACACUGACCCUUGGAGGCAGUUUUAGAAAUAAUCAGGAGGCAUGAGAUGUACCCCAUUUGAUUCUUCCACCUAUAACUCUUCAAGCCAGAGAAGCUCUAUGGUUUCUGCAGAGCAGGUCGGUUAGAGAGGUUGUAGCCUUCGGGCUUGACUUAGAGUUAGUGAGAGUGUAGGGCAGGUUGCAGGGCGUUGUGCGGGGGAGUGGGCCGGGUGGCUGGGGAAGAGGUUGAACGGAAGUUAUCCUGUUAAAAGAACUCAGGGACUGAACAAAACCCGAAGGUUUGACCUGUGCCAAAAUUACUUGGAGAGCUUUAAAUAUGAUGGUUUUUCCUGAUUUGAAUAGAUUUAUAGCAACAGCCAACAAUCAGGAUGUAAUUUAUCUUGUAGACCACAUUUGUUGAAAGAGAAAUUUGACUUUAUUCUAAAUGAUCUUUGUAAAUGAUUGACUUUCUGCUGUAACAUUGCAUUGUGUUGUGUAUCUCUAUAUGCCGUCUCAGGGAACUUGGAAAAACGGGCUUGACUGAAUGUGAAUAUUUCCCAUUUAUGCUUUUAACAAUGUACAUAUGUUUUUAACCCCCAUCCCCGCCCCCCCGCCAAAAAAAAGACCUUAUAGUUGAUUCUAUGAAUCAUCUUAGGUUAUUUACAAAGUUAAGGUAGCUUUGAUUAUUAUAGUGUCUACAGAGUAAUACUCAAUUUUUUUCAAAUAUGUCUUGCUUCUCCUCCUCCAGUCUCCCUAGACCCUGCUAUCAAGCUGUACAUAAACUUGUUUUCAUAGUGCCCCAUAUUCCUAGUGUCCCAUAUUACAGCCUCAGUUCUCCUUUGUGAUCCGAUUGGCAGUCAUUGGUGUGGAGAGCUAAGACAGAAAGGGUGAAGUGUAAGUAUGGCAGAGGGGAGGAGGAGUCAUAUGUCGAUAAUCUCUGAGGCCUAUGAUGCAGCAGUCGGUACUAUCCCCAGAAAUUAAGCCUGUUGCUCUUUGGGUCUGCUUGUGUGCAUCCUCCAGGCUCUUGCAUCCGACUGUCACCUCUGUCGCCUUUUGAAAGGAACUGGCUUCCCCGUCGUCUUGCUUCUUCAUGUUACCUGCCCGUUCAUUAUUCGUUAGCUCUUGCAUUUUAAGUUCCCUUCUCUCUCGGAACCUAUGAGGAGAGGAAAGGUGUGCUGUUGUACCACCUGGCAUGCUUGAAGGCCUGGGUAUCCUAAAGGGAACAUUAGGUUUGGGGCGGAUUGUCUCAGUAUUGAUAUUAUUCUCAGCAUAUGGUUUUUACUCUAUUUUUCACUAAAAGACCGAUUUGCGGUUGCUAUUGUGCUGUCUCAAAUCUCAAAGUAAAUGAAGAUUAAAAAAAAAAACCAACUUGCUCUUUUGCUAAGCUGAUACCAUUCAGCCAUCGAUCUAAUAGGAAAUGAGAAGCUUUAUCAUUUAGCUGAGACUUCAAACAAGAAUCAAAUCCAUGCACUUUAAAACUUAGACAACUUAAAUAGUAUAUGGGAAAUACAUAAUAUCAGACAGUUUUCAGGCGUUCAACUGAUAAAACAUUUUAUUCCUCAGAGUUAGGAAACGUUUUUAUUUUAUAGAGUGGUUUGUUAUACUGACUCUCCUGAAUGAAAGUUUCACACUUUUGGAAACUUAAUCAUUUGUAAAUGUGCAUGUCAGUGGAUUUGCAUGAUUUGACAGGGCAGCCAAUGUUGAAUCAAGAAAAACAUACCCACUUUGAAAAUUCAAGAGGUGAUGUCGGUGAGGACAUUAUAUGCAUGGCGUUCUGUCUCUGUUGGCUUCUAAACCAAUUUGUUCUUUGAAUGCACGUCACAUGUCCCUCCCAUGCUCUCUUUUAGAAGAAAGAUUUUACCUGUAAGUUGGGCCGUUUUUUUUUUUUUUUUUU